CUGCCGACGUGGGCGCCCGAGGGCACGCUCGGGCUGAUCCGAGACGUGGGGCUCGCGGCGGCCAUCCUGUCCAUGGGCCACCCGGUGCACCCGUACGUGUCGGACCGGAGCCAGAUCGGGCCCGUCUGCCGCGAGAUCAACGAGUACACGGCGCGAUUCCGCGACGAGCACCCGGACCGGCUCGGCUUCCUGGCCACGCUGCCGCCGCUGGACCAGGCCGAGGCGUGCAUCGCCGAGAUGGCCUACGCCUUCGACGCGCUCAAGGCCGACGGGGUCGUCGUGUUCAGCAGCUACGCGCAAAAGUACCUUGGCCACGCCGACUUCCGCGCCGCGUGGGCCGAGCUCGACCGCCGCGGCGCCGUCGUGCUGGUGCACCCGGGCUUCGAGGGCAUGGAGGCCAUCGACGAGCCGCGCUACCUGGCGCCGCCCGUCAUCGACUGGACGCACGAGACGACGCGCACGGCCGUGCACCUGAUCUCGACGGGCGUCACGCGGCAGUUCCCGGCGGUCAAGAUCAUCCUGUCGCACGCCGGUGGCACGCUGCCGUACGUGGUGCGGCGCGCGGCCAACCUGUGCUGCCGCAUCCGGCUAGUGGCCAUGACCGAGGACGAAUUCGUGGCCGAGGCCCAGCGCUUCUACAUCGACGUCGCCUUCAGCUCGUACGACCCGCAGCUGCGCCUUCUGAAGGAGUUUGUCGAGCCCGGCCACGUCCUGUUCGGCAGCGACUUCCCGUGGGAGCACAGCGACGUGGCCGCCGCGCAGCUGGCCGCCACCGAGCGCGUGUUUGCCGACGAGACGCGCGAGGCCGCGCUGCAGCUGUUCCCCCGCCUGCGCCAGUACCAUGGCAAGCAGUAG